GUUCAUCGACGACCAUUUCCCAUCCCAAUCUUCAACACCACCACGACCCCCUCCUCUACCUCCACCUCUACGAUUCAAGAUGUCGAGCCGUCCUACCGUUGGUAUCUUGGGCGCUGAUGGCAAGAGCAGCGGCAAGACUCACACUCUGCCUGCAGUCUUCAGCGCACCCAUCCGACCCGAUAUUGUCCAGACCGUCCAUACCGGCCUUGCAAAGAACAAGAGACAGCCAUAUGCCGUGAGCGAAAAGGCCGGCGAACAGACUUCUGCAGAAUCCUGGGGAACUGGUCGUGCUGUCGCCCGUAUCCCUCGUGUCUCUGGAGGUGGUACCCAUCGAGCUGGCCAAGCCGCCUUUGGUAACCAAUGUCGAUCUGGUCGUAUGUUUGCACCCACCAAGGUCUGGAGAAAGUGGCAUCAAAAGGUCAAUGUCGGACAGAGACGUUUCGCUACUGCAUCUGCCAUUGCCGCCAGUGCGGUCCCCGCUCUCCUUCUGGCCCGUGGCCACCGCAUCUCCACCGUGCCCGAAGUCCCCUUGGUCGUGUCGAGCUCUGCCUUUGAAGGCGCUGCAUUGGUCAAGACAUCUGCUGCUGCUGCGCUGCUGAAGGCAGUUGGUGCAGGACCAGACAUUGUCAAGGUUCAGAAGUCGCGCAAGCUGCGAGCCGGUAAGGGUAAGCUGCGAGGACGACGAUACAGACAACGCCGAGGCCCAUUGGUGGUGUACAACCCAGAGACAGAUGGACGCGAACUGGUUCGAGCAUUCCGCAACAUUCCCGGUGUGGAGACCUCGUCAGUUUAUGCGUUGAACCUGCUGCAGCUCGCACCCGGUGGACAUCUGGGCCGAUUUGUGAUCUGGACUUCAUCGGCGUUUGAGGCGCUUGACAGCGUGUACGGAUCGACCACAGAGCCAUCGGCGCUCAAGAAGGACUUCCUCCUGCCAUCCAACGUCGUGUCCAACGCCGAUGUCACCCGUCUGAUCAACAGCUCCGAAAUUCAGUCCGUGCUCAAGGAGCCCAAGGGCUAUGCUACUACCAAACGUGGCGCCGUCCAGAAGAAGAAUCCUCUGCGCAACAGACAGGUCUUGCUCCGCCUCAACCCCUACGCCGCUCAGUACUCCAAGGAGAAGCUCGGCCAGAAAUCCCUCGGCGACCAGGGCAAGCCUACUCCCGUCAGCGACAAGUUCUUCGAGACUCUGCACGAGAACUAAGCGGACUGCCGUUGAUUUCCUGUCUUAUGCAAAACAAAGCUAUGCAAUUUUUUAGUCUCCCGGUGGUGCGGUUAUGAGAAACUAACCAUGGUUUGAGCGUGGGAUCUGAGAUGAACUCUGAAGUAUGCUUGGAGCGAGAAUAGACGCAAAAAAAAGGACAGCACAUGUGUUGUGUCUCUCACUCGAACAGCAAGACUCGGUGUGGGCCAGCAAUGAACGGUUGACUUUUAAGUGAAGCUCAUUGAAUUCCUACGUCUACCAUUCUCUGUCGAUAGAUGACUAGCACUCCCAAGAUCAAGGAUCAGAAUCAAGUCAAGCUCAAACGAA